AUGGCAACUACAUCGGUUGUAACAGAGCAAUCUGAAUCUAUAAUAACGCAACCCUCAAUCCCCUCUCUCGAGCUUCUAUCUCCAUCCCUUUCUCUAAAUUCAAAUAUUUCAUCAUUGCUUCCGGAUAGAGCAACACAUUCAAUAUCUAAAAAAACAUACAGUGCAUCUAUUCUUGACGGAAGUUGUUACCUUGCACUCUCUGCGAUCCAUUGCAUCUACCUGGCCUGCAUUGCGAUUGCUACCAUAUACAUUCAUGUAGAAAGUACAAUAACAAGUCUGUGGGUCGAACAGCGCCAUUCGAUUCCAGAUCUCAUUAAGCACGACAAGAGUCGACUUACAAAGAUCCCAAAACAUCUUACUAUUGCAAUCUCACAUGAGUUGAUUCACGAAAGGAGUCUGGAAGACUGGCACGCCAUUGUAAACGAUAUAUGCCUAGCAUCUUGCUGGGCAUGGGAGUUUGGGGUGAAAGAAUUGUCGGUGUACGAUAAAUCAGGUGUUUUGAAAUCUAUGGCUAUAGACGUUUAUAAGCAGCAGGUAUCCACUUUACAUCAGUGGAUUAAAAACUCUACUAAUACAGAAAAGUCGGUACACCCAACUCUUCAGUUUUCUAUAAUAUCGGCAGAAGAUGGUCAACCUCAAAUGGGUCGAGCUGUCCAAAAGAUUGCUAAAUACAUUAAAGAAAACAACCUAGGUGUUUCGGAUAUUGAUAUAAACCUUGUGAAUCAGUUUGUGCACGAUGAUUCAUGCUCAGAUCCGGAUCUAAUGCUCAUCUAUGAUGGUCUGCCACAUAACUAUAUUUCGCUUGACGGAUAUCCUCCAUGGCAUCUUAGGCUAACAGAAAUCACAAAUGGCUACACAUACCACACAUUAAACUAUCCAUUCUUCUCCAAAUGUCUUUACCGCUUUUCAAAGGUAGAACAAAGAUUUGGCCAUUAA